AUGGCGCUUGCUGUCGCAGCGCCCGCGCAAUCCGCGUCGCCAGCAAUCCUUUCCCUCGAUCGUGCGACUUCCAGCCGCGCCUCGCAUGUGUCGCACAUCUCGCAAGUCGCCACAGCGCGCGCAUUUCCGCGGGACGCGCGCCUUGCGGCGCACCUCGAUGCCUUCGCGCUAGCCAGCGCAGCGAGGCCGUCCGCGCGGCAGGAUUCGCACAAGCACCGCGCAUGGCGCCUGCGAACCCGCGGGAGGACAGGCGACGAUGCGACGUUGUCGUCAUCGUCGGAUGACGUGCCCAAGGAAGCGAAGGAGCGAGCAGCGGCACAGGAGAAGGCGCGGUCACUGGUGGGCGACCUGAAGGGCACCAGCAUCUUCCUCGUCGGCAUGAUGGGCAGUGGCAAGACCACAGUGGGCACGCUCCUCGCUGACCUGCUCGGCUACUGCUUCUUCGACAGCGACCGGGUGGUAGAGGCGGCAGCAGGGGGCGCGUCGGUGGCGCAGAUAUUCGCGGAGAACGGCGAGGAGGAGUUUCGCGAAAUUGAGGUGCGGCGGAGGUGGGGGGGAGAGGGGGGAAGGGAGAAGGGGGAAGUGAGAGGAGGGUGGGGGGGAAAGGAAACGAGAGGGGGGAACGGAGUGAGGGGAAGGGAGUGUUGGGGGGAGGGGAGAGGGAGAGGGGGGAAGGGAGUGGGGGAAAGGGAAGGAAGUGUGAGCUGGUGUGUUAUGUGGUUACCAGACGAGCCGGUGUUUGCGUGCCAGCUACACGAGCUUAACAAGACGCGAGUGCUGGCGGAGCUGUCGUCCAUGGGUCGACUCGUGGUGGCCACGGGUGGGGGGGCUGUCACUCGCCCUGUCAACUGUGCAUUUAUACGUGCUCAUGGAGCAGACUGGCACCCAGUGCAGGCAGGCUCGUGCCUCUCACUUGCCCCCUCCCUCAACGAACCCUCCUUGAGCUACCUGUCGCACGGGGAGCACCUGGCAGAGAGGGUAGGCUCGUGGCCUCCUCUCGUAUCCCUUUUCUUCGGCUUGACCCUUGCACCCACCAGGACCUACCUCUCCCCAAAAGUCACGGUGCGUCUCCACUUGCCCAUGGAGCACCUGGCAGGCAGAGCGGUGGGGUUGUGGCUCAUCUCAUCCCUGCUUCCCCCGCAUGCACCUCGCAUCGCAGGAGCUACCUCUCCCAUGCUGUCACCGUGCAUCCGGACGAGCUACCUCUCGCACGGGGCGACAGUGCACCUGGACGUGCCCGUGGAGCAUCUGGCAGAGCGGGCAGGCUCAUGCCUCAUGGUAGCCGCGUGGUGUGCUCUCUCUCAUCCCUGCUCCCUCCCCAACGAGCCCACCAGGAGCUAUCUGUCGCACGGGGUGACAGUGCAUCUGGACGUGCCCGUGGAGCAUCUGGCAGAGCGGGUCGUGGCGGUGGGCACAGCUGUGCGCCCGCUGCUCUCGCAACCCACGCAGGGGGAAGGGGAGGGCGGAAAGCAGCAAGCAGCAGAUGAGAGCGAUGAGUACGGCAAGGUGAGCGAGGAGUACAGCAAGGUGAGCGAUGAGUACAGCACGGUGAGCGAUGAGUACAGCAAUACGUUGACGCGCCUGGCGGGGCUAUUAGGGGAGCGCAAGUCGCUCUACAGCAAUGCAGACACCACCAUCUCCCUGCAAGAAGUGGCGAUGCGCUCUGCCUCACAAGUGCACGAGGUCACACCCACACGAAUCGCUCUCGAGAUCUUGGAACGGCUGGAGCAGAUGGUGGCGGAGAGGCAGGCCAGAGACGCUGCCCUCAGAGCCAAGGCAGCCUAG